AUGCAGGAACAGUCAAAACGUCAAAAGUUUUUGAGCAUGGUUGAGAAAAUGUAUGUAGAACCUGAAGAACUGGAGGAGUUGACUGAACAUGAGAAGUUUGCUUUAUUUUCCGCCAUUAAAAGCGAACAAAUCAAGAGAUACAACAAGUGGAUUGCAGAUCAAGAGCAUUUUUCAAAAAAUACUGACGAUGGUAAAUCGAAUAAUAACCAGCAUAAAAAACGUGUCAACUAUUUAUGUGGACCUGAUGGUAAAUUAAUUGUCACUACUGCUUUAGCACCAGACUAUGAUCGAACAAUUCACUCUGAUGGCUGCAGAUCAUUGGAGACUGCACCAAAUAUUUCAUCAAAAUCAAUUGUUCUUAUUAGAGAAUUUGAGUCAACAACAAAGUCUUCAGAACCAAACGGUAUGGAUUCAACGAUCACUGCCAACAGCACAACACCAACGAAGACAACAAUAGCAACGACAACAACCACCGCGAUAACAACACCAACAACAGUAAAGUCAAUUUUUACAACAAAUGUAACAUUUUCAACAACAACAUUAAAUAAUACUAUAAAUAGCUGUUCAGUUGCAAAUAAUACAACUAAUGUAUCAUAUUCAACAGAUAAUGCAAUUAUGACAUAUAAAAAUGAUAAACAGCGUCAUGAAAAUAAUGUACGCCUAAUUCAACCAAAUUUAAUUCAAGGAUCAUUUGAUUCAUCUGUUUCAGAAUAUGAUUCUGCAUCAUACACUUAUGAUUCAUCAUCUUAUUCUUUUUCUUCAACUACGGCACCAACAAAUUCAUCUAUAAACACAGCUAGUAAAACAAUUGAUUCUAGUAUUUCAGAUGUAUUAAGUGUUGGUAAUAAUAACUCUAUAUCUCCAUUGAAUAACAAUUAUCAAAACGUUAGUAAUAAUAGUAGUAAUAAUAAUAACAUUAAUAAUAAUUAUAUUGAUCAUACCUUUAUUUUAUCUCCUACACCAUUCAAACGAAAAUUAAACUUAAAUCAACAGACGAAUAAUCAUUUUAUCCCAUCUUUAUCUAAUACUAUAAACUAUAAUGAUAAUACUACAAGUUGUAAUGUUCCUACUAUGAAUGGACAUUGUCAAAAUUGUCACAAUAUCAUUGAUAAUAAUAAUAAUAAUAAAAUCAAUAAUGAUCAUAAUGAUAAGAAUAUUCAUAGUCAAACAAAUGGACAAUAUAUAUCCAUUAUCAAAUCUUUUGUACAAGAUAAUGAAAAUAAUCAGAAUUCUUUUAAAAAAAUCAAUAAUAGUAGUGCUCCAAUAAUCAUAAAUGAAACAGUUGCAACCAUGACAAAAAAUGUUACACAACCAAAUCAUUUUUAUUCGCCAGAGAUUGAAACUACCCUUAAUUUAUAUUCUCAAUCGAACGACUUUCAUAGUAAUAAUAAUAAUGCCAGAAUUGAUGUACAACGAAAAGGUGGAGGUAGAGGAGUACAAGUGGAUAAUCAAGAGGAAAUCACACAGUUCAAGAAUAAUAAUAUCGAUAUAAAUAUGCAUAGAAAUGAUUAUAAACAACAAGAAUCCGAUAAUACUGACACUCUUAUUGUAUGUAUAUCCAAUAAUAAUCGUAAUAAUACUUCUGUAAUUAUGAAAACUACUACACCUUAUGAUAAUAAUGAUAAUGGUAAUAAUAGGUAUGUCGAUACUAAUAAUAUUAUAAUGAGAACAACUAAUUCUGAUCAUAACAAUAUCGAUGUUAGUAGUAGUAUUAACAGUAAUACUAGCAGUAUUGUUAGUAAUAAUCGAAAUUAUUAUUUAAAUUUAGAUAAACAAUUAAAUAAUAAUAAACGAAUUAAUAACAAUAGUAUGAAUCUCAAGAAUUCCUAUGAAUCCAAGAAUGCAUUUGAAUUUACAACGCAUAAUCGUCCUAACAAUAGCAAUAAUAGUACCAUUACUAUUCUCACUGACCCCUCUAAUACAACGAACCAAGGAAGUGAUGUAUCCAUUGAUGAUGCAAUGCCGUUAUCAACAAUAACAACAACGAAUAAGACACUGAAACGUUUUGUAUUAACCAGAAGUCCAUUAAGUAGUCCUCCAGUAACAACACCAACCAGUGUAUCACCAGCACCAUAUCAUCAAAAUCAUCAUAUAAAUGAAAGAACUCCACCUAGUUCUGUAAUGGAUAAUACAAAUUCAUCCAUUACAAAAAACCAUUUUAAUCGAAUUAGUUUAUUAAAUAAUCCCUAUAAUUUGUCACAUCAAAAUUAUGGUCAGAUCGAUCCAUCAUUUUCAUCAUCAACAUCAGAAUUAGAUAAAAUAUCUUCAUCGAUUACAUUUUCGUCCAAUCCAUCAGAUUAUAUAAUGAAGACAUGUUUUACCAAACAACCUGAACCACAACAAUCAAGACAAGAGAAAAAACAACCAUCCUCAUUGAUAAAUCAUCAACAAUCACAACAAAGAAUAACACUGAAUAAUAAUAAUUAUAAUAAUGAUAAUUUAUCAUCACUACAACAGCAUUCCAACCAUACUGAUAAUAGUCAUACUUUAAAUCAAACAUUUAGUACAACUAAUUCACCUCCAUCAAUAUUUCCACGACCUGCGUUUUGGACACCAGAUGUUAGAACUUCACGUAAAAUCAACAAUAUAAUUCAAGAGGAUCCUAAAACUAAAGUUUACAAAUGGUUUGAAAGCUAUGAAGCUGCACGUUUACUUGUGGACUUUGGUCUACCAAUUACUGGCUUUAGUCCAAAUUUAUCAUCGUUGACAUUUUCACGUGUACCUGAAUGGUUUCACGGAUUUCUUUCUCGUGAACAAGCUGAACGUCUACUCACUAAAAGUGAUAAAAAUGGCAGUUUCCUUCUACAUUUGAAUGAAUCAUUUUUAGGUUAUGUCAUCAGCUUAUUUACAUCAUCCUAUUGCAAUCAUUUCCUUGUAUCAGUGAUUGCAGUGAAACAAACUAAUUCUGGUUCACGUAAUACAACGAAGAGUACUUAUCAAUUGUAUGGUGUUGCAAAUCCUGAACAAUUCACUGAUUUAAGAGAUCUUGUGAAAUUUUAUUCAGUGCAUAGUCUAGGACGAAAUAACAAUCAACAAUUAUUACUUUAUCCUGUUGGACAAGAAAAUCCCACUUUACCUGAUUAUUUGGAUAUAUUCUAUUCUAGACCUGAUUCAAAUUCUUCUACAAGAUUAUAA